AUGGUAAAGAAUUCUUCAGACAAAAACCAAACCGACAUUCACGUGCCGUCGGGCAAGUCGAAAGCAGAUUCACACUCUUUGAAUGGCAUUUUAAAGCAAAAAAGAAGAAAGGUGUUCAAGCCAAUUUUAUCAAACCCAUAUACAAGACGAAAUGAAUGGCCUGAAUUAGAAUAUAAUGUGAUGCAUAACAUAGUUGAUCUAUUGGCAGACGACGUUUUAAGAGCCACUGGAAAUUACAAUAAAUUGUCAUCGCAAGAAAAGGCUAAAUCAGCAAUAAGGAAGCCAGAAGAAGCUGAUUACAUCAGCUUUGGGUUUAACAGUACAAUGAAAAUGAUGGAGCGCCAAAUAGCGAGUAUACGUAAAGGAAAAUUCGACCAAUCUGAUCCAAAUUCGCUCAGCUAUGUAUUUGUUUGCAAAUUUGAUAUGACGAGCAGUCUAUUAUACAUGCAUUUCCCAGUUAUGUGCUGUCUUGCGAAGGUAAAGCUAAUACAGCUCCCAAAGGGAAGCAGUGCAAAGCUAAAAUCAGUUCUUGGCGUACAUGAGUCAGUGGAUAUAUUAGUAUUAAAGAGGAAGGCGGUUGAGGAGUAUAGCUCCUUACGGAAUUUAAUAGAUAACAAUGUUAAAGAUAUUGAAAUCGGAUUCUUGAACGGGAAGGAAUCAGAGCUAGGAUUAAACGUACAAUUCUUACACGUACAACAACCAAUAAAAACAAAGAUAAAUUCAAAGAAGAAGCAACAGCAAAAAAAAAAUGCAAAUAGAAAAGUAAGCAAACUGAUACCACAAUGA